AUGCGUCGUGGCAUAGGGGUAUCAUCGGCUGGCAAACAGGGCAACCGCGUGGCUGCGCUGAUCGGCCGCGUGAUCAAGAGUACUGCCGAGGUCGCCUCCAAGUUGGGGCAGGCCAAGGUCGAGUGCAUCUGCAUCUGCCCCGCCGCGGUGAUGGAGCUGGCCACGGAGUGCGGCGAUUACGUAACCUCCCUCGUCAUGCGCUACGACCUGGUUCCAAGGUUCAGCACCGCGAGCGUCGAGGAGCUCAAGGAGGAGGUGCUCCAGAUCGACUACAAGGGGCUGCUGUCCGAGGAUGUGAUGGGCAACGAGAACGUCAAGGCGGCCAUUGAGGCUACCACACGCGCGGCCGAGAAGUUCAGGGUGAACGAAGCUGCACAGAAGGCGCAGGAGCUGCUGCAGAAGGCCCACGGGGCGGCUGGGUCGCUGGCCAGCCGCGCGGCCGCCCACCCUGCGGUUCAAGCCGCGGGCGAGAAGGCGGCAGGUCACGCGAACUCCCUGGCCCACACAAUCGACUCCGCCCUUUCCCACAGCAGCCCAAGCAAAGGCGCCACCUCUGACGCCGCCGCGGCUGCCGCCAGCGCAGGCGCCUCUGAAAACGCGACCGACGGCGCCGCGCCGGCCAAGGGCGUCGCCGCGAAGGCGGCCGCGGCCAAGGACGCCGUGGCCGGCGCCGCGCUGCAGUCCGAGCCAGUCCGCGCCGCGCUCGGCUGGGUCUCGGCGGCGCUCAAGGCGGCGGCCUCCGCGGGCAAGCAGCCCUCGGAGCGGCGCGACACCGCGGCGGCGGCGGCGGCGGCGGUGGCGGCGGUGGACAAGGCGGAGAAGAAGGACGUGGGCGGGGUGGUGGCGGAGCGGCGUGUGUCGGGGUCAGGGCACGAGCGCGAGGCGGCGGAGGAGGCGCAGGAGGCGGGGGAGCUGGUCGAUGUGCGGCUGUACGCCCCUGGGCGCAUCUUCUGGCUGCGCCCCACCAACGAUGAGGCGCCAGAGGACCAACACAAGUUUGAGCUCGUGGACACCGGCUGUGACGCGCGCUUCCAGCGCAUCGUGCUGCGCGCCAGCUGCCUCACAGAUCACUUCCCGGCGUCGGCCAAGGCGGCCCUACAAGACGUCCUCUCACGCGUCAAAAAGCCGGCGGCCGCGUAG